AUGAUCUAAGACUGGUACACAUGGCACGAGAGCAACUUCCAAGACUUCGUCCACCCAUGUAAUGAGAUCGACUACGAACGCCCAAGGAACGUGACAUGCGUGGGUCUUAAUAACGAUGGAAGCUGGGCAAUGCAUCUGUGCUGACGCCGUCGGCUUGGAGGGCAGACAUGUUCGCCGCGGCGCCCUCGCCCACCACGACAGACGUCACAGCGACAUACGAUGGACCUCGCAUAUAUCGGCAACAAGCUUCUGUACUGCACAUCUUUUCCAAUCGCUAGGUCAAGGCUGUCAUUGCCUUCCCGUUUCACCCUGCAAAGUGAGACGCCGCCCGGGCGAGCUCGCUUUUCGUCCUUUCUGCUCACACGUGUGCGAUAUAAACUCCGCAGCCAAGGCCAAGCCAUACCAAGAUUGCCAAGCCCUUGCGACGAGACCUGGUCAUGACACUUGGCAGAUUGGAACCUCGCCUGGCGGUUGCGGCUCUCUUACGAUGAUGAUAUUGCUGCAUAAUCUGAUGGAACACGGGAUCAUCCCAAGGUUGUCAUCAUGGUCGUCACCACACGGUGAGUUUACGAACGGUCCCCGCUUAGUUCGGUCUAUGCCCGUCCUUCUGGAGUCUCGUGAGCCAGACCCUGCAACUUCGCAGUUGACUUUGACCAUAUAUGCAAGGUUGGAGGCUACUGAAGAUUAGGAUUGAGUCCAGUCCUGUGUGACAUUUUCGUGCGACGAAUGAGUGAUCGCGUCAGACAUCUGCCGCGCAGGUCGAGCAGUCUCGGCACCAGUGCAAAUUCUGUUCUGCUGGCUGCCAAAGGACUUGGGCAUGCUUCACAGCUGCUCUGCGUGCGAACGUGUUUUAGA